ACACCCAGACACGGGCCAACAAACACGUCCUCAGAAAACACGGACACACAAGACGCGUGCCUGGCCAAGGCAUACACCACACAGGCAGAUAACAGGCACCUCGGACCCAUGACACAAGCUUGGGUGGGCAGACAGAGGCUCAUAAAGGCUCAGUGACCCUUGCCAGUUCAUUCCUGGAACUCACCUGCCUUUUGCAGUGCCUAGCUGACUGGCUUGUGCCUCUGCCAGGAUGGACACAAGGAGGGUGCUGCUCAUCCUGCAAGCCGCGCUGGUGCUCCCCCUGGCUGACAGCACUGCCCCCAUCCUCCGCUUUGUGGCCGUGGGUGACUGGGGCGGGGUCCCCAACGCCCCAUUCUACACAGCCCGGGAAACGGCCAAUGCCAAGGAGAUUGCCAGGACCGCAAAGAUCCUGGGUACGGACUUCAUCCUGUCGCUGGGGGACAAUUUCUACUUCACUGGAGUGCAGGAUGCCAAUGACAAGAGGUUCCAGGAGACCUUUGAGGAUGUGUUCUCCGCCCCGUCCAUCCGCAGCGUGCCCUGGUACGUGCUGGCUGGCAACCACGACCACCUGGGCAAUGUGUCAGCACAGAUCGCGUACUCCAGGAUUUCCAAACGCUGGAACUUCCCCAGCCCUUACUACCGCCUGCACUUCAAGAUCCCACGGUCCAAUGUGACCGUGGCCAUCUUCAUGCUGGACACAGUGACGCUGUGUGGCAACUCAGAUGACUUCCUCAGCCAGCAGCCGCAGAGGCCCCGAGACCUGAAUAUGGCUCGCACACAGCUGUCCUGGCUCAAGAAGCAGCUGGCGGCGGCCAAGGAGGACUACGUCUUGGUGGCCGGCCACUACCCCGUGUGGUCCAUUGCCGAGCAUGGGCCCACCCACUGCCUGGUCCGUCAACUGCUGCCACUGAUGGCCACUUACAAGGUCACUGCCUAUCUGAGUGGCCAUGACCACAACCUGCAGUACCUUCAGGAUGAGAACGGCCUGGGCUUCAUACUGAGUGGGGCUGGGAACUUCAUGGACCCCUCGAAGAAGCACUUCCGCAAGGUCCCCAACGGCUACCUGCGCUUCCACUAUGGAGCCGAGAACUCAUUGGGCGGCUUCGCCUACGUGGAGAUCAGCCCCAAAGAGAUGAGCAUCACUUACAUUGAGGCCUCCGGCAAGUCCCUCUUCAAGACCAGGCUGCCAAGGCGAGCCAGGUUCCAGCGCUUGUGAGGGGGCCUGAGGCGGACAGGCUUACUUGCUGGGACCCCACCCCUCGGCAGUCUUUCUCCGGGGCCUGUGGUACUGAUGAGCAGGAAGGAAAAACCAAAAAUGCUCCUAAACCUCACAUCCCUCUGUCACUGCCAAAUGUUCAAUAAAAAAAUAGAUGCAAGACUAAAUGUGUGUGUGUCACCAGA